AUGGCACCGCUACCACAGCAGCGCGUUAAAUGUUCACGUCCGUUCACUAUCACCGGCGUGGAUUUUGCGGGUCCAGUCAUGUUACGAACCGUGCACAUAGAAGUUGUAGAAGAUUUAACCAGUCAAGCUUUUAUAGCUGCCUUAAGAAGAUUUAUGGCGCGAAGGGGAAAGCCAAAUGAAGUGUGGAGUGAUAAUGGCACGAAUUUCGUCGGAGCUCGUAAGGAAUUAGCUACAUAUGUAAAAUACAUAGGAUGUGGUUCUGUUGAAGAAGCCAUCUCGUGGCAUUUCAACCCCCCUUCCGCACCACAUUUUGAAGGGCUUUGGGAGAGCGCGGUUAAGAGGGCAAAGUAUCACUUGUCUCGAGUAUUAAAGGACGCCCAACUAACUAUCACUGAGCUACAAACAUUGCUCUGUCAAAUCGAAGCGUGCCUUAACUCUCGACCUUUAACUCCAAUGAGCAGCGAUCCAAGUGACUUGCAGGCACUCACUCCAGCACAUUUUCUUGUAGGAGGACCGAUAACCAUGCAUUUGGAACCAGACUUGGCUAACGAAGAACAAAAUUCCCUACGUUGGUGGCAUUAUGUCCAAGGCCUUAUACAAUCUUUUUGGCGAAGAUGGCAGACCGAAUAUCUCCCACAACUUCAAAUUCGAGGCAAAUGGACAACCAAUAGUCAGGAGCUGGCAGUGGAUGACAUAGUAAUUGUAAAAGACGAAAAUAUGCCACCAGCUAAGUGGAAACUCGCUCGCGUAAUCGACAUUCAUCCAGGUAAUGAUGGAAGAAUAAGGGUGGUAACUAUACGCACGGCCAAUAAAACUGAGAUGCGUCGGCCAGUAAUCAAGCUUUGUCGAUUGCCUGUGUAUGAAACGGAAAAAAAGUGA